AUGACUAGCAACAUUACUUCAGCCGCACUGGGUCAGAACGUGAGCAUCAAAGCACUCCCGCCAACAACAAUCCGACAAUUGGGAUCUUCGCAAGUCCUCGUUGACCCUACCUCGAUCGUCAAGGAGCUCAUUGAUAAUGCUAUUGAUGCCCGAGCUAGUGCAAUCUGGAUUGACAUCAGCUCCAACACUAUCGAUUCCAUUCAAGUGAAAGACAAUGGCCAUGGAAUACCCGCUGAAGACCGAGCGUUAGUGUGUCGAAGAUACUGUACUAGCAAGAUUCGUGACUUCCAUGACUUGAAAGAAGUCGGAGGGAAAUGGCUUGGCUUUCGAGGCGAGGCGAUGGCAAGUAUGGCUGAAAUCAGUGGCACACUGACUCUGCAUACGAGAGUGGAGGGCGAGCCAGUCGCCGUCUUAUUGCAGUAUGGGAGGAACGGCGAGCUUGUUUCCACGAAACGAGCGUCGCAUCCAGUUGGGAGCACGGUAAAGGUUACAGACAUCUUCUCGUCGCUGCCUGUGCGCAAACAGACUGCACUGAAACAUUCGUCGGCGUAUCUGGCGAAGGUCAAAAGAAUGAUGCAAUCGUAUGCACUCGCAAGACCAGGCGUUCGGCUCCAAUUUCGUGUUCUUAAAGGGAAGACUGAUGGAGCCAAUUUCAGCUAUGCGCCAAAUGCCACUGCCAGCGUCAAGGAUGCCGUGACCAAGACGAUAGGAAAGAACUGUGCUUCACAAUGCGAAUCAAGUGUUCUAAAAACAGCUGGCUACGAGAUUCAUGCGUUUCUACCAAAGGCAACAUCCACAAGACCAGCAGACAUCGCUAAUAUCGGGGCGUAUAUUUCGAUUGAUUCUAGGCCUGUUUCAACGACUCGGGGAACACCAAAGAAGAUAGUGGCACUAGUUCGGGAUAGACUUCGAAAGUCCAGCGAUGCGCUUGCCGCGGUUCAAGGCCCAUUCAUGACGAUGAACAUUAUUUGUCCGUCCGGCAGUUAUGACCCUAAUAUCGAGCCGGCCAAAGAUGAUGUACUGUUCGAGGAUGCCGUUUUGCUUAUGAGUGCUGUCGAAGAACUUUUG